AUGGACACUGGGUCGGGCGCCGAGCCCUCGGGGCCGUCGCGCACGCUCCACAGCCCCCCGCCUUCGCCUCCGCCUUUCCCGUCUUUCCCGUCUCCAACGUCUCCGACGUCUUCGCGCGGCACCAAGCGCGGCGCAGGCACGCUUUCUCUGACCUGGAAAGCAGUCGACAGACCGGAGAGGCGCCGAAGAGAAGCCGGCAAGGACCAGCUAGAGGCGGAAGACGGAGGCUACAGCGACGAGGCGUCGGACCUUGCAGAUGCAACCCAGGACGAAAUCUCUCAGACACGUGAAGGCUUCGUCAAACUGUCUCCAAACGACGAGCUCGACACGCCGUCAACUCCAGCGACUCGCGGCUCGAAGGCGAGUUCGCCGUGCACCAAUGGUUUGGGCCCCAUCGCGGCUGCGUCUCCAGAGCCGCUCGACGACUUUGGCGCGUCUCCCGAGGAGUCUGCGGUUUCCAGGGGGGCGGACGGCCCGGAGAGCGUCUCCAACGGCAAGGCGCUCGCCGACCUCGCUCGCAAGGCGGGAACCUGCGCGGAGCGGUUUCCGCAGCGCCUGCCUUUGAAGGAGAGCGCCGGCUGUCUAGACAGUGCGUCGGGGAGCGUCGACGAGCUGUGUUUCGCCCGGCCGAAAAAAAGGCCAUUGUCUCCGAACCCUUCUUCUGCGUCGGACGCGAGCCGCGGCGGGGAAGACGAACGGCCGACGGCGAGGCCUCGGGUGGACGCUUUGGCAACCCCCGGCGCGUUCGAAGACCAUCAGAGCCGGCGCGAGAGUGUCGCGCGGGCUUUCGAGAGCAAAGACUCUGGGCCGAGCAGCGGAGGCCAGGGCAACCUGAACGGUCACCACCUCGCCCCGGCUCCGGGAGGAGGCCUCCGCGUCCGGGAUUUUGUCGACAGUCGCUGGAUGACGAAGCUGUGCGAAGAGUCGCUCAGGUUCCACUUGCUCUGUGGGCGGUACCGGCCGCUGCUGCGCCACGUGAUCGAGAAGUUCCACGUGUACAUCCAGAGGAAAGAAGAGAGAGACUGCCUUCGCUCGGCGCAACCCAAGACGGAGAACGCAGGCGACGCCGCGCCGGGGAAGGCCGGACCUCCUGGAGACGAGGACCUCACGGACAGUCUCCUGGAGAAAAAAGUGAAGAGCAGAGGCGAACCCGAGGCGCCGCCAACCGACCUCGACGGUGCGCCUGACGCGGCGAAGGACGCGAACGGGAGCGCGGCCAGUCUGGUGAAGCAGGAGGAGCCUUGCGCGUCCGAGAAGGACACUCCGUCGGUCUCCGGGACGUCUGUGGAUGCCUCAGGAGACGCCGACGCCUCGUCCUUGAGCUCGUCGCCCCCGUCCGACGACGUUCUCCGAGACAGUCUGUUGCAUCCGUUGCCGCCGCCCCUGCCCGUGCCUCCUUCCUCGCCUCUUGUCUCGACUCCGUUCCGCGUGCCUGUGCGGCUCGUGCUGCGCGGGGCGCUCCCCCAGCCCCCGGCGUCGCCUCUUUCGGCCGCGUCUGCUCAGGCGUUUCCUUCGCCCGCGUUUCUCCUGCCGUUUGCAGAGAACGCUGAGGAGGAGGCGCUCCAGCAGGCAGUCUUUGAGCGGCUCUAUGCGAACCGGGACGCGACGUGGUGUCGGCGAUACUUUUGGAAGUACCAGGGCGAUUUUGACGUGCCCGUGAAGACGCUGAACCAACUGUCUGUUCUGCUUCCCCUGCCGCUCCUCAAGAAGCUGAUCUACUUCCACGCACGCAUCAAAAAGGUAUGGCCGUUCCCCGUCCUCGCCUGGCUCUCGUCGAGCUCUCGAGCGCUGGCCAUGAACCGCUGGGGCAACGAACUGGACGCCCUCGAGCGCCUGGGUCUCUUCCCCACCGCCGCACUCGCGUCCGCUGGACUGGGAUGUGUCUCCAAAGGCCGCGGCGGCGCAAAAUCCGGGGUUGUGGGGAAGAAGCCUGGACUGCGCGACUUUCCGGCCGCGACCGGCGCCUGCCAUCGCGCGCCGCCUUCCUGGGAAGCGCGCGCGGCGACCGCAGGCUCACCCGGCCCUAGCCACGGCGCAAAGUCUGCGCCGCGUCUGGGCAUGGACCCGCGCGAGCGUCUCAGGGGAGAAGCCGCGCAUGCGGGCGGUAAGCGCGCCGUUGCGCAGCGGAGACAGCGUAAGAUGCUCCUGGAGCAGCGGCGCCCGCGCCAGUCCAGACUGCGUGCUGGAAGCCAGGCCGGAGAGAAAGAGAGUGAAGGCCCGAGAGGAGGAGAUUCCCGGGAAGAGAAGGAGAACGAGUCAGAAGAGUGCGGGAGCAGGGAGACAGAGACGCCGCCGGGGCCGGGGACUCAGGGCCGAGGGGAGGAAGAGGGAGGGAGCGUCGAGGCGCGUGGAGCGCACGAAGGAGCGGGGCUGACGCGGGUGAAGAGCGAGGGAGGCGAUGCCGGGGCUCAGCGGAGGCAGGUCGCGGAAGAGGGAGAGAAACGGGGAAGUGAAGAGAACACGUCGCCAGGAAAAGACCAAGUCGAUGGCGACGAGGCCGAAACAGAGCGAGAGAAGGAGGGCGAAGACGAGAAGGAUGGCGACGUGGAGGCGUCGGAGGAAGAGCGCGAGAAAGACGAGGAGGAAGACGGCACCGACGAGGACGCGAGACGAGGACGCGCAGAGGAAGAAGACGAAGAACAAGAGUGGCGAGCGAAAGGCUUCGCCGGAAGAGGAGAAGCUGAGCUGGUGCGCGACAUGGCCGAGCAGCUCUGGCGUCACUUGGAGCUCCUGCACUGCCCAUCUCUCGCGCGAGACGAGAAGGACGACGCGAACUCGUCUGCCGGGGCAGAAGGCACCGAACGGGAAGAGGGCGGCGAGGACGAGUCGGACGCUUCCCUGUCGCCUCAGAACGCGAGCCUGCGUCGCCGCGACGCGUCGGCUGCUUCGCGCGUAGGAGACGGCGCGCAGACCGCGACGGGGAGCGCGGACGUCGGCGAGGGGCCGUUUCGACACUUGGAGGCGCGGGAGGGAAACGGCGGACCUCCGGUCUGUCUGGCGUCGGAUGCGUCGUCGAAGAACUCCGACGACACUCCUGACGUGCCUCGCGGGACGUCAACGCUACUGACGCGGAGGCGAGAAGACAGACGCGUCUCCGUCUCCUCGUCCGGCUCUCAGUUUGCAUGCAUCCCGCCGGGCUGUGGUGCGCGGGGCGUCGCCGCUGCGCUCCCCGGCCACGCGCCCCGCCUUGCCGACGCGCCGCUCGCUUCGCGUCAACUGUCUGUGGCUGCGACGCACGCGUCCGGCGCGGCGGGAGCGCCGGUAAAAGGACACUCGGCGUUUUCUGCGGCGAUCGCUCAGGCUUCGGCUGCGACGCAACACCAUUUGCUGCUCAGGCGCCUGGGCGAAGCCGUGAGCGGAGCGGGUCGGCCGCCGUCCCUGUCCAGUCUCACCAGCGCGUUGUUUGGCCGCGGAGGUCUGCUUGAGGGCCACGAGGACCGGGAGCGCGCGGGGCGGACUGGGAGAGACGCAGAGUCCGCGCACGGGUUCGAGUCGUCGUCGCGGGAGAACCGAGAACAGAACCUGGAGACGCUGAAGAACGAGUUGGUUCGCCACCUUCUCCGCGAACGCGAGAGCGAGAGAGUCAAGCACGCGGCGACGAGCGGGAGCGAAGACAGCGACGGCCAAGGCCGCAGAGCGCACCCGGACGCGCGCGCAAGGCCUGGCCUGGACUUCGCCCGCCGAGGAGGGGCGAGCGAAGAGCGCUGCGCCGCGUCGGCGGCCGACAGAGGAGACGAACCGCCGGCGCCAGAGAGACCCGGCGACGACGUGCGCCUGACGUUCGGCCAAGCCGCCGUUCUGGAACUGCUGAAACAGCGGGCGGCAGCCUUGCGGUGA